ACAAUGAAUGACAUUUUCCUGAUACCGCUGCAUAGAUCGCAUCCAGGAGCCCAGCUUGUCUUUGGUUGUUGGUUGAGGGGCGUCCACUUCUUUGAGUUGCAGGUAUGAGGGUAUCACACUGGUGCGUGCUGGGAGUGACUUCGCUGCUGCUGCUAUGUGAGGUUGCCAUCAGUCAGCUGUGUAAGUCCCUCAUCACCAUGGUAGAUGGGUUCCACACGCUCUUCGUCCUCAUGUACCUGGUUCUUCCUCAGUCUGCAAGCAUCGCCAGACCUCCCUUUUCCUCUCCGGAUUCCUCCUCCUCUUUACCAACACUUUCUAGCAACCCAUGUGCAGAAUCACCUACCAAAACUCAGUCUGGUACCCAGACCGUGGUUGGAAGGUCAACCACCUCAGAUGAGACUAAUCAUGAGGCAUCUUCCCCGGUCAGAUCACAGAAACCCGUCACCCCAGCUACAAACUGCAGACUCUCCUUCACCAACAGCAGGAUCCAGGUUGUGGGAGUUUUCAUUUCUGCACUCCUCCUGGUCUCACUAUCCAUUUCUUACUUCAUGGAAAUAAUCAGCUUUAUUCUGGCACCUCACCCGGUGCAACGCCCCCUGCUGCCGGUGGUGGUCGGCACCGCCAGUCUGCUCCAUAAAGUGGCGGUGUUCUGGCUGAACCGGAACCAGGUUCAGGAUGUGAGACGGGCACAGACUGAAUUUCACCUUGAAGUGAACCAAAAAGUCUUGGCUGAAGAGGACUCCCAAGGCCGGGACAAAUCUGAAGAUGUAGUCCAAUCCAACAUCCAGUCUGCUGUGCUUGACUCGGUCCACAGUGGGGGGCUUGUCCUCUGUAAUCCAGGAACCCCCAACAUCCCUGACAGUGACUGCAAAACCCUGCAACAAUUACCAAAAGCCGCCUGUGAGGAGGACAUCAACUCUCUGGUGUUAAAGUACCAUCAAAAUACAUCUAAAAGCGCUUCCGUUUGUGAGUCCCUCCCUGCACCACACAGCCCGUGGCCGGUUUGCCUCUUGCCCUCUGCCUUUGUCAUUCAGGGGCUUUUUACAGCCUUCCUGGCUCUGAUCAACAGCCUGGUGACUCUACUGAUCAUCCCACAGUUCCUGCACGACUCUGGAGCGCGCAGCGUCCUGGUUUACUUGGAUCCCGGCCUCUCUCUGCUGGCUGUAAUUACACUGAUAGCCACAACUGUGCCACAGGUGUGCAGGUAUGGCCUGAUACUGCUGCAGGCUUCACCUCCACACGUUUGUGUGUCUGAUCUCGGACGGAGAAUUGCGAGUGUGCCUGGAGUGCAGGCCGUGCAUGACCUGCACAUCUGGCAGCUAAACGAAACACUCACAGUGGCUUCUGUCCAUGUGCACUGCUACGCCGGGUACCAAGUACACAGGUGUGCAGAUCUGAUGUCAGGAGCCACAAAAGUCCUACAGAGUGUUGGCGUGAGCUGCUGCACCGUUCAACCAGAGUUUGCCUCCUUCUCUGGCUCCUCUCCGGGCAGCUCUGGUGACCCCUCGCCGCUCAUCCACAGAGACGACCCCUCUCCUCCUCUGUGCCCCGCCUGCAGCCUGGCCUGUGGAAAGGCCUGUGCUCGGAGUAUGUGCUGCUCUCUCCUGGAGGAGGAGGCCCGGAGCGUUCUGACGCCACCAUCUGGGGAAACAAAGGAAGAGCCUCAUGUUCUGGUUAUCGAGAACACCUUCCUCUGAUAGUCAUUUAUGAACAAGUGUUCAUGCUCCAAUGUAUAGGAGAAGAUGAGUGGAGCGGAAUGAAAUUAUCUCAUGAAACACUGCUGUGUUCUGUUACAUUUGUUGCAUUACCAUGUGCUGCUCUGAAGAUUUUUAUUGACUGUCAAAAGGAAUUCUGUAAAGGGUUUUAAAUGUUAUUUUAUUUUGAUAAUAUAUAUA